CAGAGCGUCGAUAGUCCACAGGUAGCUAGCUCAGUAGAAAAGUAAAUCGUGUGUUAUAGCAGAAGUUGAAGAGAGAGACAAGAAAAUUGUUCCGAAGAAAACAGACUCGUGUGGAAAGGCAUAUAUAAAUAUCGCGUUAUUAACGAGAAAAACGAAUCAUGAUGAGAAACGUUGCGGCAAUGUUGGUUCUUGCGUUUUUGGUGUGUUUGGUACCACGGUAUAACGCAGUACCCUUCAAAGAACAAAUAAAUGAAGUUGAAAUCCCGACAGACGAGAUCAGUAAAGAAAUAUUGAAAAACGAAUUGAAGAUUUCUGAAGAAGAGGAGGAAGCUUCGGGCGAAGGAUCCGGCGACGAGACAGACUUCAUCCCGCUUAUAAAGGACGAAAAUAUCAAUGAAGAAAAGACAAACUAUGAAGAUUUCGGAGUUGAUUAUGACAGUUUUGAAAUUAAUAAAAAUAAUGUAUUGGAGCAAAAUGUUGAUGGCGUAAAAUGUGAGUUGAACUUUGACACCGCCAGAGAGUUAGCGACCAGCUUGGACAGACCAGCAGCAAUUGCCAAUUAUAUUAUCUCAACUAACGAUAUCGAAAGUUUUAUCUGCGUCAUCCAAAUUCUGAUCGAGGAUGGACUGAUAUCAGAGGAGGAAGCUGACUAUUUAGAAGAAGAAGUAUCCAGUGAACUGCAGAAGCAGCUAUAUGAUGACGUCGAAUAUUAUGACAACGAUCCAUUUGAGGAGCAAGAAAUGAUGUUAGCACCUGGGCCAGAGAAAGACGUAUACCCAGAUUUGGACGAAGUCAUUACAUCUGAUAUGGACGAUCUUUUAUAUGAUUUGGCACAAAGCUUAUAUAACCAGGCACCCCAAGAAAAAGAAAAGUCUGAACGAAAAUUGUUGCAGUUUGCUGGUCUCAUCGCGCGAGAAGUUAUCAUUGGGAAUCUUAGUCCAGAAGAAGGAGAAGGUUACCUAGAUAUACUUGCGCGGCUGCCAUUUGGACAAAUUCUCGUGGAAGACAAACAAGACUAUGACGAUGAGUCAACGGAAUCCGAAUCUCAGGAAACAUUUGAAAGCGAGGAGGACAGUUUUUGGGAUAAUGAAGAAGAGAAGUCGGAGGUGGAAGAUACUGAUUUGGAUGAAUUGGAACAAGAAUUGCAGAAUAGCGAUAAACUGAACAAUAUGGCCAAAGUUCAAGAAACGUACUAUCCCGAGGAUGAGGAGAAAUUUGGAGCAUUUCCGGACUUCAAGGAUAACUACCUAGACGACAUUACGGAGGACAUCGUGUGGGUGAACGAGGAUAAGUUAAAGGAAAAUGACGCCGAGGCUGCCGAUCUGGCCUUGGAUUUGGGUCAACUAUUGGACUAUUACGUAGAUACGGGAAAGCUCUCCGACAAAGAUAUCAUGGGAGUUAUGAAUCUCCUCCAGUAGUGAAGUGAAGUCGAUAACGUUUCGCUUGUCCUUUCUACAUACUCGUAUAUUUGAAGAGUUGAUAUUCAGCAACAUCUCCGUGAUCAUGUGACUCUCGUUCAAUAUCAC